AUGUCGUCUCAUACCGAGUCCGAGCAUCCAACAGCACAUCCGCCAGCUGCCAAACCACUCAAAAAAUUACAGAUCGCAAUCCUCGGAUGUGGCUUCAUGGGAACAGCAUUGCUCUCAGGGAUUCUUCAAGCCACUGAAAAGUCCUCACACGAUUUGAAGUUCUCCCUCAGUGUUCGUUCAGAGGCGUCGCUUGACCGACUGCAACAAGAUUCACGGGUUGCUGGUCGUACGCAGUAUGUCGGCACUAGCAAUGUUGAGGCAGCCAGGUUGUCAGAUGUUGUCUUGCUAGGCUUUCGGCCACAUCAACUAUCAGAAGUACUCAGCGAACCCGGUUUGGCCGAAGCACUCAAGGAUAAACUGAUAAUAUCACUUCUUGCUGGCGUUCCGACACGACAGAUAAGCGCCAGUCUGGCUGAUUCCGAUCGUGUCGCACGCGUCAUUCCCAGCAUUGGCGCACAAAUCAACGAAUCCAUGUCCAUCAUCGCUGCCGCUUCUCUGAACGCCGUUGAUAAAGAGCUCGUCAUCUGGCUAUUCCAGCAGGUGGGCCGCACGCAAAUCGUCUCUGAAGAGCUGAUUGGAAGCUUUACGGCCGUGAGCGCUGCGUGUCAUGCUCUGACGGUCGUCGCUGCCGAUGCAAUUGUUGAUGGAAGUGUUGCGGAAGGCAUAUCCCGGCCAGAAGCACUAGAGCUGGCAGCGCAAUGUCUUCGGAGUUCUGCCAGCAUGUUGCAAGGCCAUAUGUCCAUUGAGGGUCUCAAGGAGAGCAUGUCUAUCGCCAAUGGUAUCACCAUAAAUGCCAUCUUGGAGCUUGACCGUGGGCGCGUAAGGCCGGGUAUUUCUGACGCGGUGAGACACGCGGUUCGAUAUGCCAGGGGGAUGUCUGGUGGAAACGAUUCAUAA